UUCCCGUGCGUGUGCGUUGUAUUGUUCGGAUGUCAACAAACCAAUCGACUGCGCAGAGCGAACAGCUGAUUGUGACAGCCGCUGUCAACAUUACAUAAACAAUCGCUUCCUCGCAGUCGCCGGUUGAGCAUUGUGCCGUGUGUUAUUCAGUGAUGCGGUGUAAAAUGACCUCAGUGCACAUAAAAGCAUGCAUUCGAACGUUCUGCACCAGCAGCCGGGUGAACAAAUCAUUCGCCAAGUGGUACCAAAGCCUGUGGCAACCGAAAAGCAACGAACCACCAUACGAUCAUAUCGUGCAAUUGGGCGAUCCCGUACUGCGUAUCCCGGCGAACCAAAUUCCUGCCAAAGAGCUGAAAUCACCCGAAGUACAGUAUCUAGUCAAACAUCUCGUCAAAGUGAUGCGAUCCUACAAGUGUGUAGGCCUGGCGGCACCACAGCUCGGGCUUCCUUUAAGAGCAUUCGUGAUGGAGUUUAAGGACGAUCUCCGGGACCAGUACACCAAGGCGGACUAUAAACUGCGCGAAAUGGAACCCCUACCACUGACAGUUUUCAUAAACCCCGAGCUGAAAGUGGUCAACUACGAGAAGGUAACACACACGGAAGCGUGCGAAAGUGUUCGCGGCUAUCGGGCAGAUGUGGCCCGGUAUCGCGAGGUGCUGGUAAAAGGUUUCGAUGCCAACGGGGAACCGAAGGAACUGCAGCUAAAAGGUUGGAAUGCUCGCAUAGCCCAGCAUGAGCUGGAUCACCUGAACGGGAUCGUAUACACCGACCUGAUGAAUAGGAAAAGUUUUACCUGCACCUGUUGGCAGGCGGUCAAUGCGAACAAUGGACGCAUAAAGUUAACGUUUGCAAAUAAAUAAUCAGCACUAUGCAAUAGGAAACAU